AUGAAAUUCAUGAAAUUGAAUUUCCAUCGUUCGCUGAAUUAGGUUACCAACGGUCUUUAUUCUUUAUUUCAGUUGUUUUCUCGUGAACCGUACAAUCUUUUCAAGCAUGUCUAGUGCAGUGACAAGUAGAACAAUAGAAACCCGAGUGUACGAUGGCCAGAAGCCGGGUACCUCCGGGCUACGAAAAGCCGUUAAGGUUUUCACGCAGGAACAUUACACGGAAAAUUUCGUUCAGGCAAUACUCGAAGCACUUGGCAAUCAAUUGGCCGGUUGUACAUUGGUUGUAGGCGGUGAUGGAAGAUAUUACGGUAAAGAGGCAGUCGGAAAAAUUAUCAGAAUCGCAGCGGCUAAUAGAGUGAGGAAGCUAAUUGUCGGCCAGAAUGGAAUACUCUCAACUCCAGCGGUGUCAACCAUAAUAAGAAAAUACAAAACCCAAGGAGGAAUUGUUCUGACUGCUUCUCAUAAUCCUGGUGGACCGGAUGCUGAUUUUGGAAUAAAAUUUAACUGUGAGAAUGGCGGUCCAGCUCCAGACAAUGUGACAAAUAAAAUCUAUGAAAUCACCACGCAACUGAAGAGCUAUAAAAUAGCUUCUGAUAUAAAUGUAGACAUAGAUAAGAUACAGACUAUUAAUGUUCAGGUUGAUGGACGUGAAUUCACUGUUGAUGUGAUAGACUCUGUGAAUGAUUACUUAGAACACAUGAAAGAUAUCUUUGAUUUUUCAAGUAUCAAGAGCUUACUUCAAGGAAGCAGUGGUCGACCUGCUUUCAAGGUUCUCAUUAAUGGAAUGAAUGGAGUUACCGGACCGUAUAUAAAAAGAAUAUUUAGUAACGAAUUAGGUGUUGACGAUUCAAGCAUCGUGAAUACAACACCACUAGAAAAUUUCGGAGGUCUCCAUCCUGAUCCCAACUUAACGUAUGCCAAAGAUUUAGUAGAUGCUAUAAAGAAUGGUCCACACGACUUUGGUGCUGCUUUUGAUGGAGAUGGAGACAGAAACAUGAUAUUAGGCAAGAGUGCAUUCUUUGUUACACCUUCUGAUUCAUUAGCUGUAUUAGCUGCUAACUUGAACUCAAUACCAUACUUUAAAAAGACUGGUAUUAGAGGAUAUGCUAGGUCCAUGCCAACAGGUGCUGCUGUAGACAGAGUUGCAGCUAAAACUGGUGUUAAACUUUUCGAAGUACCUACAGGCUGGAAAUAUUUUGGUAAUUUAAUGGAUGCUGGGCAUCUGUCCCUUUGCGGAGAAGAAAGUUUCGGCACUGGUUCCGAUCAUAUUCGCGAAAAGGAUGGAAUUUGGGCAUGUCUCGCGUGGCUUAGUGUAAUAGCAAGUCUUGGUAAAUCUGUAGAAGAAAUAUUGUUAGAUCACUGGCAAACGUAUGGAAGGAACUUCUUUACUAGAUAUGAUUAUGAAAAUUGCGAGUCCGAAGGGGCAAACAAAAUGAUGCAGUAUAUUGAAACAGAAAUUCAGAAGUCUGAAUUUGUGGGUUCAAAGCUGACAUCUGCUGGAAAGACGUAUGUUGUCAAGUUAGCUGAUAAUUAUUCCUAUGUAGACCCUGUUGAUGGGAGCCAAGCCAAUAAGCAGGGAUUGCGAAUACUGUUUGAAGAUGGUUCCCGUAUAAUAUACCGUCUAUCUGGUACAGGAAGUUCUGGCGCCACCAUUCGUGUGUACGUUGAUAGUUACGAAGAUGAUCCAACAUCUUUCAAGAAAGAUGCUCAAGAAGUUCUGAAAACAUUGGUUGACAUUGCACUAGAAUUAAGUAAAUUGCGUGAAUAUACUGGACGCGAUGCACCAACCGUAAUCACGUAAUGAGGAGUACUUGUUAUUGUUGACGGUUAUUUUAUUCGAAAUAUGCUCAAAAAGAAGUGAAAUCGUUUUAUAAUGUGUACUAUUUAAAUAACAGAAAUACUUCAUGUUUCAGUGUAUUCUUUUCAAAUUCGUAUUCACUCAUCGCGGGUUGCAGCAUUUCAAUUACAUUGUUAAUUGCAUUAUACCUCAUAACAUACAUUACAUAAAUACAUACGCACAAUUGGAAAAAGUAUGCUUGUAUGAAUGAAAAUUUUGUAUUAAACGUGACUACUCGUGUUGGUGCAGAUUGUCUGAGCAUUAAGAAUUCACAGCGAAUUUUAUAGCAAGGUAAAGUAAUUUAUAGCGCGUAAUUAUUGA